UACAUGACAGUUGAGCUUGUCAUUGCUUUUUUGUCAACAGUGGGCAAUUUUCUGGUGUGUGUUGCAGUGGGCAUAAACCAAAAGCUACGCACAGUUACCAAUUAUUUCCUGGUGUCCCUUGCCGUUGCAGACAUUGGUGUUGGUUCAAUUGCAAUCCCAUGUGCCAUUCUCACAGAUAUCGGUCUGCCACAUCACAACCUUCACCUGUGUCUGCUCAUGUUAAGUGUGUUGAUGAUGUUUACCCAGAGCUCAAUCUUUAGCUUACUUGCAGUUGCUGUGGAGCGCUAUCUGGCCAUUUUAAUGCCUUUUUGUUACCAAGUGCUAAUGACCCCUCGAAAUGCCAUCAUGGUCAUCUUGUCUACGUGGUUGUUAGCGUUCCUCAUUGGCCUUAUUCCACUCAUGGGCUGGCAUAAGCCACCUCCAGAGUCAGGCUACUGUUUCUUUAUUUCUGUUGUAGACAUGACCUAUAUGGUUUAUUUUAACUUUUUUGCCUGUGUGCUUUCACCACUGGUCAUCAUGUUCUUAAUUUAUGCCCAAAUUUUUGCCACAGCCAAGAGUCAAAUGCGACGGAUAGCAAGUGUGCACAGCCGAAGAGGAGAGGUUCCAAUGACUAUCGCAGUAGGGUUUCAUAAGGAGAUAAAGACAGCCAUGCAUGUUUUUCUUGUCCUUUUCCUCUUUACAAUUUGUUGGAUUCCAUUGCAUAUUAUCAACUGUUUCUUAUUGCUGUGCCCAAACUGCCCUGUUCCUCUAGAGCUGCUCCUCACUGCCAUCAUUCUGUCACAUGCCAACUCCGCAGUCAAUCCUUUCCUCUAUGCAUAUACAAUGACCACGUUCAGAGACACUUUUAAAGCAAUAUUUUUAUGCUGUCAAACCAUAAGAGAGCGAGAGAGAGGACAGAAGUGCAGCAACCUAAAAAUAUAA